AUGAGCUACUUUCUCAGCCAGGGAUGCUGGAAUUACAAAUGUAUAUUUCAUGUUCAUAUCUUGUUUUCAGAUGUAGUGGCCUAUGUUGAAGUGUGGUCAUCCAAUGGAACGGAAAAUUAUUCAAAGACAUUUACAACACAGCUUGUGGAUAUGGGAGCAAAGGUUUCAAAAACUUUUAACAAGCAAGUAACUCACGUUAUCUUCAAAGAUGGCUACCAGAGCACUUGGGACAAAGCUCGAAAGAGAGGCGUAAAGCUCGUUUCAGUCCUCUGGGUUGAAAAAUGCAGGACAGCUGGAGCACACAUUGAUGAAUCAUUGUUCCCUGCAGCUAAUACGAAUGAACACUUACCAAGCCUAAUUAAAAAAAAACGUAAAUGUAUGCAGCCCAAAGAUUUUAAUUUUAAAACACCAGAAAAUGAUAAGAGAUUUCAGAAGAAAUUUGAGAAAAUGGCUAAAGAGCUACAAAGGCAAAAAACAAGUCUAGAUGAUGAUGUACCUAUUCUCUUAUUUGAAUCUAAUGGUUCAUUAACAUAUAGUCCUACAAUUAAAAUUAAUAGUAGUCACCACAGCGCAAUGGAGAAGAGAUUACAAGAGAUGAAGGAGAAAAGGGAAAAUCUUUCCCCCACCUCUUCCCAAAUGAUUCAACAGUCUCAUGAUAAUCCAAGUAACUCUCUGUGUGAAGCACCUUUGAACAUUUCACAUGAUACUUUGUGUUCAGAUGAAUCCAUUGCUGGUGGCUUACACUCGUCUUUUGAUGAUCUUUGUGGAAACUCAGGAUGUGGAAAUCAGGAAAGGAAGUUGGGAGGAUCCAUUAAUGACACUAAAAGUGAUAUGUGUAUUUCUUCACUUGUAUUGAAAACAAAUAAUACUCAUUUAUCACCAUCUUUCGCUCACCUUGAUAAAUCAAGUCCUCAGAAAUUUCUGAGUGAUCUUUCAAAGGAAGAAAUAAACUUGCAAAGAAAUAUUGUGGGUAAAAUAGUCACCCCUGACCAAAAGCAGGCUGCAGGUAUGUCUCAGGAGACGUUUGAAGAGAAGUAUCGUUUGUCUCCUACGUUGUCUUCAACAAAAGGCCACCUUUUGAUACAUUCAAGACCCAGGAGUUCCUCAGUAAAGAGAAAAAGAGUAUCAUAUGGCUUCCAUUCACCUCCAAAGGAAAAAUGCAAGAGAAAGAGGAGCAUCAGGAGAUCUAUCAUGCCGAGGCUGCAGCUGUGUAGGUCAGCAGGCAGCCUGCAGCGCAUGGCGGGACCUGCACUCGAGGCUCUUAGCUGUGGGGAUUCAUAUGAUGACUAUUUUUCACCUGAUAAUCUUAAGGAAAGGAAUUCAGAGAAUCUUCCUCCCAAAUCUCAGCUGCCGUCAAACCCUGCUCAGUUCAGCUGCAGAAGUCUUUCUAAGAAGGAGAGAACAAGCAUAUUUGAAAUGUCUGAUUUUUCCUGCGUUGGUAAAAAAACCAGAACAGUUGACAUUACCAGUUUCACAGCAAAAACCAUCUCCAGUCCUCAGAAAACUGCAAACGGAGAAGGCCGUGCAACUUUGAGUUGCGUGACUUCUGAGGAAUCCUCUGGCCCUGAAGAAACCUUAAGGUGUUGUAGGCAGGCUGGGCCUCAGCAGAAAGAAGACGCAUGGCCAGAGGGCAAUGGCUUUUCUUACACCUUUGAGGACCCCGCUCUUCCAAAAGGACAUGAUGGUGAUUUAACUCCUUUGGAAGGAAUCCUUGAAGAAGUGAAAGAAGCGGUUGGUCUGAAAAGCACACAGGACGAAGGUACCACUUCCAAAAUAUCAAACUCCUCUGAAGGCGAAGCCCCGAGUGAACGUGAGCCACGUUCUGUAGUUGACUGUAACGUGGAGAGGUCUGCAGAAGAAAAGGAAAACUUACCUGGAGGAUACAGUGGAAGUGUUAAAAAUAGACCAGCAAGGCAUGAUGUUUUAGAUGGCUCAUGUGACAGCUUUAAGGACCUCAUCAAACCUCAUGAGGAAUUGAAGAAAAGUGGGAAAGGCAAAAAGCCAACAAGAACAUUAGUCAUGACAAGCAUGCCAUCUGAAAAGCAGAAUGUCGUCAUCCAGGUUGUGGAUAAAUUGAAAGGCUUUUCAAUUGCACCAGACGUCUGUGAGACCACGACUCACGUGCUUUCCGGGAAGCCACUUCGCACCCUGAAUGUGCUGCUGGGAAUCGCGCGUGGCUGCUGGGUUCUCUCUUAUGAUUGGGUGCUGUGGUCUUUAGAAUUGGGUCACUGGAUUUCUGAGGAGCCAUUCGAACUGUCUAAUCACUUCCCUGCAGCUCCUCUGUGCCGAAGGGAGUGCCACUCGUCUGCAGGGCCGUACCGCGGAACCCUCUUUGCCAACCAGCCAGUGAUGUUUGUCUCGCCUGCCAGCAGCCCCCCAGUGGCCAAGCUCUGUGAACUAGUCCACCUGUGCGGAGGCCGGGUCAGCCAAGUCCCCCGCCAGGCCAGCAUCAUCAUCGGGCCCUACAGCGGAAAGAAGAAAGCAACAGUCAAGUAUCUGUCGGAGAAAUGGGUCUUAGAUUCCAUCACCCAGCACAAGGUCUGUGCCUCUGAAAACUACCUGUUGCCACAAUGACAGUGACCUCACUGGCCUGUGGUGACUGCACAGCUUGCAAAACCGUCUUUGGAUGUUCAAGUGAGAAACGAUUGUGAAGAGAAGGAACUGGCGUAUACAAGAUGACCUUUGAUAUCAUGUUUGCCACGCGUUGUGGUGCUUAAGAACUCUCAGGUGACUUUCUGAUGACUGAAUUUGUGUUUCAGAGAAGCUUCGGGCCUUUUUUUUUGAGAUGGAUUCUUGCUCUGAUUCCCAGGCUGGAGUGCAAUGGCACAAUCUCGGCUUACUGCAACCUCCACCUCCCGGGUUCAAGCGAUUCUCCUGCCUCAGCCUCCCAAGUAGCUGGGACUACAGGCAUGCGCCACCAUGCCCUGCUAAUUUUUGUAUUUUUAGUAGAGACGGGGUUUCACCAUGUUGGCGAGGCUGGUCUCAAAUGCCUGACCUCAGGUAAUCUGUCAGGCCUCUUCUAUAGAAUUCCAGUCUUUGUAUCUUAGUAAUGAUCAUAAUUGAAAGGUCACAGAACCUUUGUCAUUAGAACACGGUACUGCCAAAUAAAGAAUGGAAAUUCAUUGACAUUAUUUUAUUACUGAGAACAACUAGAGAGCUCUGAAAGUUUCUUGGCUUAGACUCGAAGAUCUUUAUUAAUACAUUAUCUGUUAGGUAGGAAAGACAUUUGUCAGUAAGGUGACUUUAGCGGAGAUUCCUCUCUUAAAGUAAUGAAAGGAGAUAGGUAUGGGGGGUGUUAUACAGGAUGAUUGGUGCCAUCUGAGUGUCUUACUUCUGCAAGCCUGCUUUAUGGUGAACAAAGCAUCACCAACAAGGGAUCACAACGUCCAUUGGCCACAUUUUGCCUGCCGUCCUCGAGAGGAAAUUGGCAGCUGGGGCUGAUUCAUAGAAACACCGAUUUGUGGCUGAGCACGGUGGCUCACACCUGUAAUCCCCGCCCUUUAGGAGGCCGAGGUGGACAGAUAAUUGAGGUCAGGAGUUCGAGACCAGCCUGGCCAACGUGGCAAAACCCUAUCUCUACUAAAAAUACAAAAAUCAGCUGGGUGUGGUGGCGCACACCUGUGGUCCCAGCUCCUCAGGAGGCCGAGGCAGGAGAAUCGCUUGAACCCAGAAGGCGGAGGUUGUGGUAAGCUGAGGUUGCAGUGAAUCAAGAUUGCUCCACUGCACUCCAGCCUGGAUGACAGAGCAACUCUCCAUCUCAAAUAAAUAAAUGAAUAA